ACCCCGCACCCCGCGCCUGCCCUGGCCGGAGCAUCAGGGCCCGCGGGGUGGCACAGCGAGCCUCGGAGGCACACGAGGAGCCAUCGGGGUGUGCCUUCAUUGCCGCUCAAUGUCGCGACGGCGUCGCCCUCCCAAGCCGGGGAAGGCGGACCGAGCGUGUCUCCCUGGCCGCGCCACCUCCCGCCGCCCAGGCGCAGCCAGCCGGGUGCUGCCCGAGGGAUGCCGCCGCCUUCUUUCCUGACGGCGUUUGCCGCAGGGUGUGGGCAUCCCGGCGCCCGCCCGUGCUGCUGGCGGAGCCCUGGCUCGAUGUGCCGCCGUCCCCGCGGCUGGGGCCGCGCGGCUCCAUCCAUCCAAGGGUCCGUCCCCGCGGCUCUGCGCGGUGUGCCUGUUUCCCGGCGCACGGAGCUGAACUUGGCUUCUGGAAGCUUGGAGCUGGGCACGGAAGGGACGAGUGCCGUGUCAGGAUAUCUGCCACGAUGCCUGGGUCUCUGCCAGUGAAUGCUGAAUCCUGUUGGCCCAAAGAUGUGGGAAUUGUGGCACUGGAAAUAUAUUUUCCUUCUCAAUAUGUUGACCAGACAGAGCUGGAGAAGUAUGAUGGUGUGGAUGCUGGCAAGUACACCAUUGGUCUAGGCCAGGCGAGGAUGGGGUUCUGCUCUGACCGUGAGGAUAUCAAUUCCCUCUGCUUGACUGUGGUUCAGAAGCUCAUGGAGAGGAACAACCUUUCCUAUGAUUGUAUUGGGAGACUGGAAGUUGGAACGGAGACCAUAAUUGACAAAUCAAAAUCUGUGAAGACUGUCCUGAUGCAACUUUUUGAAGAGUCUGGUAAUACAGAUGUAGAAGGAAUCGACACCACCAAUGCAUGCUAUGGAGGCACUGCUGCUCUUUUUAAUGCUAUUAAUUGGAUUGAGUCCAGUUCCUGGGAUGGACGCUAUGCUCUCGUGGUGGCUGGAGACAUUGCUGUGUAUGCCUCUGGAAAUGCCAGGCCCACUGGGGGAGCUGGUGCUGUUGCAAUGCUGGUCGGCCCAAAUGCACCGUUGAUUUUUGAGAGAGGGUUGCGUGGUACCCACAUGCAGCAUGCGUAUGACUUCUAUAAACCAGACAUGGUCUCUGAAUAUCCUGUAGUGGAUGGGAAGCUCUCCAUCCAGUGCUACCUCAGUGCAUUGGACCGCUGCUACACCGUCUACCGCAACAAGAUCCACGCCCAGUGGCAAAAGGAGGGGACAGACAGACGUUUCACCUUAAAUGACUUUGGAUUCAUGAUCUUCCAUUCUCCGUACUGUAAACUGGUACAGAAAUCUGUGGCUAGACUCUUGCUGAAUGACUUUCUCAGUGACCAGAAUCCAGAAACAGCAAAUGGUGUUUUCAGUGGUCUGGAAGCUUUCAGGGAUAUAAAACUUGAAGAUACAUACUUUGACAGAGAUGUGGAAAAAGCUUUUAUGAAAGCUAGUGCAGAGCUCUUCAAUCAGAAAACCAAAGCUUCAUUGCUUGUAUCCAAUCAGAAUGGAAAUAUGUACACCCCUUCAGUCUAUGGUUGCCUUGCCUCUCUUCUAGCUCAGUACUCCCCAGAGCAGCUUGCGGGACAGAGAAUCAGCGUGUUCUCAUAUGGCUCUGGUUUUGCUGCUACCCUGUAUUCCAUCAGGGUCACACAGGAUGCCACUCCUGGUUCUGCACUGGACAAAAUAACGGCCAGCCUUUCUGAUCUGAAAACAAGACUUGACUCAAGGAAAUGUAUUGCACCUGAUGUCUUUGCUGAAAACAUGAAGCUUAGACAGGAAACACAUCAUUUGGCCAAUUAUAUCCCACAGUGUUCAGUUGAGGAUCUGUUUGAAGGAACAUGGUACCUUGUGCGUGUGGAUGAAAAACACAGGAGAACUUAUGCCCGGCGCCCACUCAUGAGUGAUGGACCUCUGGAAGCAAGAGUUGGAGUUGUCCACCCAGGCAUUGUUCAUGAGGUGAACACUCAGCACUCUUUUAAAGUUUGAUGUAAAUGGUGAAACCAUUUACAUGUUUGUCUUAGCAUGUGCAUGUAUGUUAAGAGGAAGUGGUUUUAGGAGUUACAUUGAAUACUUUGUUAACAUGUGUAACAUACAAGCCAGAAGUAAAAAGUUGAAACUGCGAUUUAAAAAAGUACAUUUCAUCAUAAAAAGAAUGAAACUGCACAAGAAUGAAAGAAGAACAAACUGGCUCUUCUCACACAAUCUCUUUGCAUGAAGCAUGACCAAUUUGAUUGACUUAAGGCCAAGCCGUCCAUUGUAGCAUGAAUGUUGUUUGAAAGUUGGCCUAGCCAUGAAGUUUGAAUGUCUGUGAACUAGAAAACUGUAUUUAAUGUUUUUUCUCCCUUCUUCUUAGCACAUCCCAAGCCCUGCUAAGAAAGUGCCAAGAAUCCCUGCAACAACAGAAUCUGAAGGCGUUACUGUCGCCAUUUCCAAUGGGGAGCAUUAAGAUACCUCUGUGAGGUGGGGAAAAGAAACGAGGUGUGAGGGCAGGGUGAGAGAGAGAGAAAAAGGAUUGCAGUAGCACUGAAGUUUCAGUGUACAGUAGUACUUAAUUGGAGUAUGAAAAACUUAUUUAGGCUCCUUGGACAAAAUCAUCAUAAUAUGGUGUGCUGAUUUUGUUGUAUUUUCAGAACACUAAAAUCAGGAGUAUAUUGGAGAUAGAGGGACUUGCCAGGUGCUGUGGGGAUUCCUUAACAUAUCUGUACUUUUGUAGUUGCUGAGAAGUACCUGUAGUCUAUUACAAAGUCUUUGUACACAGAAAGGAAGGAAAAAAAAAAAAAAAAAGGAAUCUUCUGCCUGAUCUUCCACGUCAAAUGACUUGAAACCUGCACUGUUAACUUCUACUAGUAAUCAAGUGUGUGCAAAAUAGUCCAAGCUUUUAAUGUUAGGGUUCUCAGUGCCUUGACAAUAAGCAGUCAACCUUCUGAAUACUGCAAUUCUCUUUCACUUUAUCACCUUCCCUUUCAUCUCCCAGUCUGCCUCCCAUCACCCCAUUGCUUUGGGACAGGCACAGAACCAAGAACAUCCAUUGCUGGAAUAGAAUUUCUCUUCCCUGUCAAAGUGACUGGAUCAAGAACAGCUAGGCUGACAAGUGGAUUUCUUAGAAGAAACUCUGUGAUCCACUGUGGUAUUAUGUAAUUCUUGCUAACAUAUUAUGUGUUUCAUACCUGCAUUUUGAGUCACAGGAGACUGGGAGAAAAGAUGAAGAAGAAGGGAGGUAGUAAAUUUUUAAUUCUAUAGAAAGGGGAUAAUUGAUUUGGCAUCAUAAUGAAUCCAUUAUGUUUAGUAGAAUAUCCAAGACAGCAGAAUUUUCAAAUAAAAUUUAGAGGUACUGUGGAGCUGUUUUAAUCGGCAAACAAAGGAAGAGAGUGAUGUUCAUCACUUUGUCUGGAACUCUAGCCUAUUAGUUGUCUUUAUCUAAUACAUUUCCAAAAGACUCUUUCUAGCUUUGAAUUUGGCUUUGUACGUUGAAGUCCUUCUCACUAUAAUACUGUAAUACUGUAGGAGUGGAGUCUUUUAUUUCUUUCCCCAAUUCCCUAACGUGCAAGCUAAAGCUAUCCAUUUUGCAAGCAGUAGAUAGAUAUACAGUGGUUAUGGGGAGUCCAUUCUGGUAGAUUUUUAAAGCCCAGAUUGGAAAUGAACUAUGAUAUGAGCCUUUUAAGCUUGUAAUAUAUAUAUAUAUACAUACAUACAUAUAUAUAUAUAUAUAUAUUUAAGUUGAGCUAAUGUACAGAAUGAAGUUUCAUUGAAUUUAUUUCUUUGCUAAUUCUACAAAGCUACAUUAUCUAAUAUAAAGUAGCAAAAAUUAUUUCUGUUAGUUACAUUUUUUUGUGUGUGUGUAAUGAAGUGUUUGUAUUACCAGUCACUCACUAGGAUUUGAUAACUUGCUGUAUUUGUACAGUCAAGCCUUGGUAAAAUAGUUGUUUAUUAUAAAUUGAUGAAUACUAAUCUGUUUGUUCUGCUGAAAAUGAUGGAGCAAUGCAUGAUGAUAGUGUUUGCAAGUAUUUUGGUUUAGGUUGCCCUCAUGAAACUUAACUUUGGCACCUGUAAAACAAACUGUCACGGAACAAAGUCCAUUGCUGGCAGUGGACAAGCCAAGAAGUGAGCUACUGGCACAGGCCUCACAGGUCUGUGAGGCUGAUCCUUUAUUAAAAUAAAGUUUGAAAUAUUUGAAACCUG